AUGCCCGGCCGUUCCCGCCGAGUCUACUUUGAGGACGAGGAGCCGGGACCCAGCGCACGGCGCACCAGAGGCCUCAGCAGCCACCGAAGCAGAAGCGCCGACCGAGUCCACAGCAUCUUCGACGACCUCCCCUCCGACAUGCAAGGGCCACGCGUGGUCGGGCGCGACGCCUACAACGAGGUGCUCCGCCAGAACGAGUACCUCCGCUCCGAGGUGCGCGAGCUACAGCAGGCCCAGGCGUGGAUCCCGGAGCUCGAGCGCCAAAACGCCGAGCUCAAGCGCGAGAACCGCGAGCUCCGCCGGACUACCGCCGUCGACUACGCCUCAGACAACAACGCCAACAACAACGAAGCCCGCAAGGAGCACAGCAAGCUGCGCAAGAAGUACGCCAAGCUCGAGGCCGAGGCCGUCGAGCUCAAGAGCAGGCUGGCAGAGUGGAAGAAGAAAGCGCUCGACUACAAGGAGCUCUACGAGAACGCGAGCCGUCACGCCGAAGACGCCAACCGCCGGCUCGAGACGUACCGCAAGAGCUACACCGUCCUCGAGACCACCAACAGCUCGCUCGCCGAAGAGGUCGCUGCUCUCAAGCGCCGCCUCGAGAUCGAGCAGCGGGCCAACUACGAGCGGCGGCGGAGCUACUGGCCAUAG